CUUCCAUCUAAUCCUCCUCACCAACCACGACCAACAACAACAACCUCAACCGCCACCGCAACUGCCUCAACAAUCUUCUCAACCGCUUUCCGCUGCAGCUUCCGCCCCUAUCUCCUCGAUGGGGAUGUUAUCUGCCGCGAACGCUGUGGCAGCUGCGCUGAAUCGCGUGGCGAGCAGUAAGGUGCCGAGAGGGAGGCGCCUGGCGGGGGACCAUGUGGUGUAUGACGUGGAUGUGAGGCUUCCCGGGGAGGUGCAGCCGCAGCUUGAGGUGGCGCCAAUAACGAAAUAUGGUUCGGAUCCUAACUUGGUUCUUGGAAGGCAAAUAGCUGUUAACAAGUCUUACAUUUGCUAUGGGUUGAAGCAAGGGAACAUUAGAGUGCUUAAUAUUCACACAGCUGUUAGGUCCCUUCUCAAAGGCCACAAUCAGAGGGUCACAGACUUGGCUUUCUUUGCUGAAGAUGUUCAUCUCCUGGCUAGUGUUGGAACAGAUGGCCGUGUCUUUGUAUGGAAGAUCUCUGAAGGUCCUGAUGAUGAAGAUAAGCCUCAAAUUACUGCCAAUAUUGUUAUCGCUAUCCAAAUGGUGGGAGAGGAGAAAGUUGAAAAUCCUCGAAUCUGCUGGCACUGCCACAACCAAGAAAUUUUGAUAAUUGGUAUGGGAAGACAUGUUCUAAGAAUUGACACCACAAAAGUUGGAAAUGGUGAGGCCUUUGUGACAGAGGACACUCUGAGGUGUCCUCUUGACAAGCUCAUGGAUGGUGUUCAGCUGGUGGGGACUCAUGAUGGAGAGGUGACUGAUUUGUCAAUGUGCCAAUGGAUGAGAAAUCCAUAUAAAGGACCUCAAAAUCGGGAAGUUAAGCUUUGGGUCUCAGCAAGUGAAGAAGGUUGGCUACUUCCAAGUGAUGCUGAAUCAGAUCUUAGUUUAGGGGAAUCACUUUCCCAAACUUCUAAUGCUGGUGAGGAUGGACUGCAAGACUCAACAAAAGAUGUGCACGAAAAGAUUUCUGACUCAUCUGCAUCCAUGACAGUACCACCUUCACCUGCACCUAACACAAAAGGGAAGAGACAGAAGGGAAAAAAUUCUCAAGCAUCUGGUCCAUCUUCCCCAUCUCCAAGUGCAUGCAAUUCAGUUGAUUUGUCAAAUGAACUAGGUGGAAGUUCAAACCUCCCAUCUGCUGAAAAUGCAUUUCAUCAAAUUCUAGCAAUGCAAGAAUCAAUUAAUCAGUUAUUGACUAUGCAAAAAGAGAUGCAGAAGCAAAUGACAAUGAUGGUUACAGUUCCAGUUACAAAAGAAGGUAGAAGGCUUGAGGCAGCCCUGGGGAGAACUGUAGAAAAUGCUGUCAAGGCCAAUACGGAUGCUUUGUGGGCUCGAAUUCAAAUGGAGAAUGUAAAAAAUGAAAAGUUGCUACGAGAUCGUAUUCAGCAUGUUACAGGUUUGAUUAGUAACUUCAUGAAUAAGGAUCUACCAGCAAUAUUGGAGAAAAUACUAAAGAAGGAAAUAGCUUCAGUGGGUCCAGCUGCAGUCCGUGCAAUGACCCCCACUAUUGAGAAAAUAAUAUCUUCAGCCAUUGUAGAGUCUUUCCAGAGAGGAGUAGGUGAUAAGGCAGUAAAUCAACUUGAUAAAUCAGUCAAUGCAAAACUUGAAGCCACUGUUGCCAGGCAAAUUCAAGCACAGUUUCAGACGACUGGAAAACAAGUGCUUCAGGAUGCACUCAAAUCCAGUUUUGAAAUAUCAGUGGUUCCCGCAUUUGAGAAAUCAUGCAAAGCAAUGUUUGACCAAGUUGAUUCUACAUUUCAAAAGGGCAUGGUUGAACAUUCAACUGCAGUGCAACAACGCCUUGAAUCUGGGCAUACUUCACUGGCAAUGACUCUAAGGGAAUCCAUUAAUUCAGCUUCAUCAGUUACUCAAACUUUGAGUAGAGAAGUGCUAGAGGGACAGAGAAAGCUAAUGGCAUAUGCAACUGCAGGAGCUAACUCUGGCACACUAAAUCCUUUGCCCAUUCAGCUGAACAAUGGACCUCUGCUUCGUGAAAAGGUUGAAGUGCCUCUCGAUCCCAAACAAGAGCUAGCAAGGUUGAUAGCUGAACGGAAGUUUGAGGAAGCUUUCACCGGGGCUCUACAAAGAAGUGAUGUGUCGAUUGUAUCUUGGUUAUGUUCUCAGGUUGAUUUACAUGGACUUUUGUCAAUGGUUCCUCUUCCUUUGACCCAAGGAGUAGUGCUUUCACUUCUGCAGCAACUGGCAUGUGAUAUUAACAAUGAUACCUCACGAAAGAUUGCAUGGAUGAUGGAUGUGGCUGCCGCCAUUAAUCCCUCAGACCCCAUGAUUGCGAUGCAUGUGCGACCCAUAUUUGAAGUUUAUCAGAUACUGAAUCAUCAACGUAGCUUGCCUACAAUGACUGGACCUGAUCUUUCAAGCAUCCUUCUUUUAUUGCAUGUCAUCAACUCUAUGCUCAUGACAUGUAAAUGAUUUUCCUCAUUUCUGGAAGUGUGCAAUUAGCCUUUUUGAACUUUCAGAUAUUACAGCAAUUUUGUACAAAGCUCAGUGAGUUUCAUUAAAGGAUCCAUAUUGGUAGGUAGUUGACUGUGAAUCAAGGUAGUGUUGAAGAGGUGAUUCUUCUAUCAAAAUUUCUGCAGCAACGAAAUUGUUUUUGGGCUCAAAAUAUUCUGGUUAUUUUUUGUCCUCCCAACAUUAGUUAAAUAUAGAGGAGUGUAUAUACUAUAUGUGUACUCAGUACUGUACCUUUUGUUAUUAACUUCAUAAUGAUCUGACAGACAAGGGUAGUUUUAAUCCUCCUUUUAGGAUUUGUUUUGAAUGCAUCCAUGAAUAAUUAAUUACAUUAAAGACGCGAGUUUCUUCCUUUAUAAAA